CCGCCCUAUGUAGACUGUAUUCUCUGUGCCGCGCGAGUGGUGCUUGCCUGCAGUGGAACGGGAUCUCGGUUGAUUGUGUACAGAAAGAAUGGCCAGUCAGUCGAUGGAUAUCGUUGCGAAGGCGCUGGAGCACCAAAUGCUCCAGUCGGCGCGGAUGGUGGAAGAACAGCUGGAUGCGGAGUUGGGGAAACUAGACCGGAUGGACGAGGAUGAAUUGGAGCUGUUGAAAGUGAGAAGGAUGGAUGCUCUCAAGAAAGCUCAGAAACAGAAGCAGGAAUGGAUCUCUAAAGGACAUGGAGAAUACAGAGAGAUCCCAAGUGAGAAAGACUUUUUCCCUGAAGUGAAGGACAGUAAGAGUGUGGUCUGCCAUUUCUACAGGGACUCAACUUUCAGGUGCAAAAUAUUGGACAAACACUUAAGUAUCCUGGCAAAGAAGCAUUUGGAGACAAAGUUCAUCAAACUGAAUGUUGAGAAGGCGCCCUUCCUGACAGAGAGGCUGAGGAUUAAGGUCAUUCCCACACUGGCUCUGGUGAAAGAUGGAAAAACUAAGGACUACGUUGUGGGCUUCUCCGAUCUGGGCAACACAGACGAGUUCUCCACAGAGAUGCUAGAGUGGAGGCUGGGCUGUUCGGACAUCAUCAGCUACAAUGGAAACCUUUUGGAGCCUCCCACAUCAGCGGCAAAGUCAGGGUCAAAGUUCACCAAGGUAGAGAAGAAGACCAUCAGAGGGAAAGGUUACGAUUCAGACUCCGAGUCUGACGAUGACUAGAGGACUCUGACGCUUGUGUUCAAUCUCAGGGCUUCCUUCAUAAAGUCCUCAACCUUGCUGGGUGCACAUCUUCUACAUUUCCGUUUUCCUUUUAGUCUUCUAAGGGAUCUCCUCUGUUAAGUUAGUAUUUAAUGAUGUACAAACAAAUAAACCCUAGUCUGUUUUUACCCUGUGUGUUUAUGUAACUUUAACUAGUAGCCAUCAUGUAUUUUUCUUUUUUUGGACAUCAAUGUGCCUAAUUUUGAUUUACUUUAUUUUGGAAUGUUUUCUUCCAAUUGUCUAAGAUUAAAUGGAAAACAAAUCAUUUUCAUAAGAGUUGACAUUGCUACUUUACAGACACCAGCUCCAAGUAUGAUAGCUUACCGGCCUCAAAACUUAACAUGUAGAUCAAGACCUGUUUCAGUACAAUUGCCAAUGGUCACAUAAUUGACCAAUAAUAGAUUUUCAAACAGACAACUGACAUUGGCCGGGUUUCCCAAAAUCGUUAAGAAGCUCUUAAGUCCUAAGAACUUCUUAGGAGCGUUCUUAGAACAUUCUUACAACGCUCCUAAGAAGUUCUUAGCACUUAAGAGCUUCUUAACAAUUUUGGGAAACCCGGCCAUUUUCUGUAUUAUAAAUAUAUAGAAAAUUGCGUAGUUGCACUUCAACAUAUUCUUUUGAAUAAAUAAGCCUUCAUAAAUUUGUCAUAUUUUCAAAAGUGCUCCCUAGCUCCUGGUGUUUUCAGUUAAUGGAUUAUCUACCGCCGUCAGCAGCUCACUGAUGAGACCAAAAUGAGGUUGAAAACACACACACACACACACACGCAGAGACCUUGCCAAGAUAGGCCCCUUUUUAGUAUCAAGUGACACUCUGUCUUCCAUUUGCUAACAUACUACAAUUGUGAAAAGUCCAAUUUAAAUGGACAGCAUUUGACACUGGUGCUCUGGGGUUUUUUCACAUUCUGGCUAGGAAAGAAUUUAUCAAGUGCCAAGGAAGCUAGCACAGCUUUCCAGAAACAACCUUUUCUUAGUCACUGUCUGUGAAUGAAAUUCUGUUAAAGUAGUACUUUAUCCUAAUAAACAAUGUUAAAGGUUUA